GUGUGUCUAGGUGUGUGUGUGUGUGAGUGUGUGUGUGAGGAGGAUCAGAGCCGCAAAGACAAGCAGAUUAGCACAGUUGACUUAAAGAGACGCGUGUUCAUCAUCAUCAUCAUCAUCAUCAUCAUCAGUGUUGAUGUUUGUGAUGUCAGAUGUCAGGACCGAGGCCCGUGGUUCUGAGCGGCCCAUCAGGAGCAGAGAGUACUUUGAUGAAGAGACUCAUGAAGGACUAUGAAGGCGUCUUUGGAUUCAGCGUGUCACACACGACAAGGAACCCUCGACCCGGAGAGGAAGAUGGCAAAGAUUAUCACUUCAGCACACGCGAGGCCGUGCAGGAGGGCAUCGAUCAGGGCAACUUCAUCGAGAACGCGGAGUUUUCCGGCAACUUGUACGGAACAAGUAAAACUGCCAUCGAGGACGUGCAGGCCAAGAACCUGAUCUGCAUCCUGGACGUGGACAUCCAAGGAGUGAGGAGGAUUAAGGAGACAGACCUCAACCCCAUCUACAUCUCCAUCCAGCCUCCGUCCAUGGACAUCCUGGAGAAACGUCUGAGGGACCGUCAGACGGAGUCGGAGGAGAGUCUGCAGAAACGUCUGGAGGCGGCUCGCAUCGACAUGGAGCUCAGUAAGGAGCCGGGGGUCUUUGACGUCAUCAUCAUCAACGACGACCAGGACCGCGCCUACGAGGAGCUGAAGGAGACCCUCAACGACGAAAUUCAAAAGGUUCAAGACACCAAACCCUAAAAAAAAAAAAAGGCCGACUCGUCAGUACCUGGGAACGCGACGACGACGCUCGCCAGCAAAAUAAAAGUCCCUGCUGGGGAAAUGUUGUCUUGUAAUCUUCCAUGUUGAACGGCGGAGAGGUUAGUGGGGCAGGAGCAAGAUGGAGGUUUGUGUUAGUGAAGUUUUGUUAGAUUCUGAUGAGUGCAAGAAUUACAAUCAUAAUAGUUUUUAUUCCUAAUAUUCUCACUCAUUUAAUUACUAAAGUGCAUCAGGAAAGUAUUCACAGCGCUUAACUUUUCCCACAUUUUUUAUGUUACAGCUUUAUUCUAAAAUGGAAUGAAUUAACGUUUCUCCUCAAAAUUCUACACACAAUACCCCAUAUUGACAAUGUGAUUUAUUUAUUUUUUGGAUUUUUGCAAAUGUAUUAAAAAUAAAAAAAAACUAACAGGCUGACUGAGAGAAGAAAGCAA